UUUUUAAUGAAAAAUAUUCAAAAUGAGUGAAAUUUAAGAUGUAAACAUUAUUCAGCAGUUCAGUAGCUUAUCUUAUUUAAUUUGAACUAGAAGAUUAUUUUACCUGAUUAAAACAUGUCUAGUAUGUGUUUUUAAAAUUCUCCAUUUAAGAAGGGAAAGAUCCUAGAAAAUAUCCUGUAAUAUCCUGUUUUUAGUUCCUCUUCUUCCAUUAGUUCUCAUUCCAGAUUGAAAGGGGAGCACAUAAUUAAUAAGACUGUCCAAAGUUAUUCUGAUAAUGGUUACCUUUAAAAAGGUACAUGGAACAAAUGAUCCUUAAGACACUUAGCCUUCAGAGAAACUAUUCAGGAUUAUUACGUAAGUGUUUUGUAUUAAAUUAAUAAAUAGAUAUUGAAACCUAGGAUAAUGAACAACUUUCUAAGCUAAGAGCAGAUGAAGUAAUAAAGAAACUGAUAGAUUUGACUGUUCAUUCAUCAAAUGUUUAUUGUUUAUCUCUUACAUGCCAGGCACUGUUCUUGGUACUGGAGAUACACUAGUGAGAAGAAAUCAGAAAAAUUCCUACCCUAGAAGCUUACAUUCAGGAUGGGAAGACAGACAAUAAACUAAAUAAGUUUAAAUAUGUUAGUGAUACAUGUUAAGGAGAAGGAAUAACAUAGGGAAGGGGGAUGUGAAAUAGAAGAUAGAUAGGUUUAAAAUUUAAAUAGGGGGUCGGGAAGGCCUCACUGAAAAGAUAUUAUUUGAGAAAAAGAACAAAAGGAAAUGAGUAGGCUAGCCAUGUGGAUAUUUGAGGGAAAGAACAUUUAGGCAGGAAGAAACGGUAAUGUGAAGACAGUGAGGUGGGACCAUGCCUUGCCUGUUGAAGUGUGAGGCAGACUCCAAGAUGCCCCCAGUGGUUCUCACCUUCUGGUCUUCACACCUUUAUGUACACCCUCUCACAAUGAAUCACUGCUGGCCUGGAGGUCAAAGGAUGUGGCAGAAGUGAUGAUGUGUGACUUCUGAGGCUACGCCAUGAGAGUGGGAGCUGGUGAGGUGGCCAACUUCGCUGCAUAUGCGUUUGCUCCGGCCACGUUGGUGACUCCGCUGGGAGCGCUCAGUGUCCUAGUGAGUGCCAUUCUUUCUUCAUACUUUCUAAAUGAAAGACUUAAUCUUCACGGGAAAAUUGGGUGUCUGUUAAGUAUUCUAGGGUCUACAGUUAUGGUCAUUCAUGCUCCAAAGGAAGAGGAGAUAGAGACCUUAAAUGAGAUGUCUCACAAGCUGGGUGAUCCAGGUUUUGUGGUCUUUGCCACCCUUGUGGUCAUUGUGUCCUUGAUAUUAAUCUUCAUAGUGGGACCCCGCCAUGGACAGACCAACGUUCUCGUGUAUAUAACAAUCUGCUCUGUGAUCGGAGCAUUUUCGGUGUCCUGUGUCAAAGGCCUGGGCAUCGCUAUUAAAGAACUGCUUGCUGGAAAGCCCGUGCUGCAGCACCCGCUGGCCUGGGCCCUGCUGCUGAGCCUGGUGGUGUGUGUGAGCACACAGAUCAAUUACCUAAACAGGGCCCUGGACAUAUUCAACACCUCCAUCGUGACGCCCAUUUAUUACGUGUUCUUCACAACAUCGGUUUUAACUUGUUCAGCUAUUCUUUUUAAGGAGUGGCAGAAUAUGCCUGUUGACGAUGUCAUUGGUACUUUGAGCGGCUUCCUUACCAUCAUUGUGGGCAUAUUUUUAUUGCAUGCCUUUAAAGAUCUCAGUUUUAGUCUAGCAAGUCUGCCAUUGUCUUUUCGAAAAGAUGAGAAAGUAAUGAAUGGCAAUCCCUCUAAUAUGUAUGAAAUUCUUAAUAAUAACGAAGAAAGCUUAACCUGUGGAGUUGAACGCACUAGUGAAAGUAUCUCCCGAAGAAAUGGAAACCUGGCAGCUUUUUAAAAAAGAAGAAGUUAAAAAUUUAAUCUAUAGUUCUGCUAUAAAGUGAAUUUGAAUAUCUGAAAAAGCAUAGUCCUCAAGUAAGUUUCUCUAAAGACAAUCUUUUUAAAGGUUUCACUAAUUGGGACCAAGAUAAUACUUUUCAUACAUUUAAACAAUGGUAGCUCACUAAAAUGACCUCAGUAUGUGGCCGAUUUCUAUUUCUAGUAACACUGUAUUAUUUUAGAGGUAUUUUAAAUUCUGAGUCCUUUACCCAAGACUAAAUGCACUAGUGACAAUUUUAAGUCUAUAAAAAUGCUUUAUUUUUUCAUUGGUAUAAAAGUCUGAAAUGUAUAUUUGUCAUCUUCUCUGUCAAUCCUGACCAUUUUAAAUUUUUUUCAAUUUAAAAAGAACAAAAUUAUCUGAAUACAAUAUGCUCUGGUUUACCUUGCCUAUAAAAUGCCUCCUGUUUGAUGAAUUAUUUUGAUUUUGAACCGUUAUUUUAAGGAAAUCUUAAGUUACUAAAUGAGGACAAACUCCAGACAAAAAAGAUUAGGAAAUUACCCCAAAGAAAUAUUUUUCCAGCUGUGACGUAAUCACCACACAUAAGAUUCCAUGCGCACAGUUGAUGGACUACUUAGGCAACAGUUUUGUUAAACCUGGUGCAUCUUGCCUCUUUGGGACUGGGCUCUUUUGGAGUCUGCCAGUUUUACUGUUCAGUUACUCUAAUCUUGUGAUGCCUGGAAACUUGAUUAUUUUACAGCAGCUCUUGUACUUUUCAAUAUAUUUUCAUAAUGAGUUAUAUUUGUCAUUUAGACCAUUUAACAACUCUGGGACGUAAAAUAGCAUCAGAAGACGAGGGUUAUUUCUUGAAUUUAACUCGUUACAAUAAAAAGACAAAUUGAUAAAAUUCUUUUCUAAGUCUAAAUGCUUGGAGCAAACUUAAAAUGCUUGUAAAAUACGAUUUCUUUGUACCACGUAUUUUAUUUUGCUGCUUAAAGGGUUCACUUGAAACAUUCUAUAUUUUGGUCUUAAAAAAUGUUAGAGAACAGUUUUAAACAUGUAAAAAAAGUAGACUAAUAUAACGACUUCAAAACCUGUCAACUUAUAGCCAUUAGUUUCUUAAAAAAAAUAUUGGGCCUGCCCUGUUCUGCUGCUCCUGCCCAAGAUGCCAGCCUGUGGUCAGCAUGGGCAGCAACCACCUGGAGGGCCCUCCCCAGCCAGGGGUGCAGGCGGGAGGCUGCUGGGGGUGGAGUGUGUGCCCACCUUCCCCAUGUACUGUGCCUGGAUGUGCUUUAUACAUAAGAAGUUUUUUGCCUCCCCAAGAACCAGUUUUGGGGAUGAUAUUGCCCCCAUCGAGAACACCUGAAUUAAUUAAUACUAAAAAAAUUUAAAAAUUUUUUAGCACUUGAAAUUGUCUUAUACAUAAGUGUAAAUUACCACUUUUUAUUUGGUUUGUAAUUAAAUCUUAUAAAAACUCA